CGAGAGUUAGUUUCUUUGUGUGAAGUAGCUAACGUGCCCGCUUAGCUUAGCAUCAACUCAACGUCCGUCCGCGGCUCGAUACAGCACAGAAUCCAGACCGAGUCCCCUGAGCAGCUACCUGUACAGACGCAGCGAUCCACCAAACGUCUCCAUGGCACUAAGACGAGGACACAUCAGGUACCUGAAGGUGUGCGAGGUUCAGUCGUCUCAGAGUGACGUCAGAGACGGACAGCUCGUUGCCAAAGGAGCCUCUGGGAAGGAGCUGUACGACAACGGCUACAGCGAGCAGAUGAUGGAGGACGAAGACGCUCGGACCAACCUGAUCGUCAACUACCUGCCGCAGAGCAUGAGCCAGGACGAGCUGCGCAGCCUGUUCAGCAGCGUCGGAGAUGUCGAGUCGGCCAAACUCAUCAGGGACAAAGUGGCAGGCCACAGUUUAGGUUACGGCUUUGUUAACUUUGUUAACCCUAGUGAUGCAGAGAGGGCUAUCAGUACCCUCAAUGGCCUGAGGCUACAGUCUAAAACUAUCAAGGUUUCGUACGCUCGGCCGAGUUCGGACACCAUCAAAGACGCCAACCUGUACAUCAGCGGCCUGCCGAGGACGCUGAGCCAGCAGGACCUGGAGGACAUGUUCGCCCACUAUGGACACAUCAUCAACUCCAGGGUUCUGGUGGACCAGGCCUCCGGUCUGUCUCGGGGCGUGGCCUUCAUUCGCUUCGAUAAGCGCGCCGAGGCCGAAGACGCCGUCAAACACCUGAACGGACACACGCCCCCUGGCAGCUCUGAGCCAAUCACGGUCAAGUUCGCCGCCAACCCCAACCAGGCCAGGAACUCCCAGAUGAUGUCACAGAUGUACCACGGCCAAUCACGACGCUUCGGAGGCCCCGUCCACCAUCAGGCGCAGAGGUUCAGGUUUUCUCCAAUGAGCGUCGACCACAUGGGUGGAGGAGGCGGAGUCUCGGGGAACGCGUCCUCCGGUUGGUGCAUCUUCAUCUACAAUCUGGGCCAGGACGCCGAUGAGGCCAUCCUGUGGCAGAUGUUCGGGCCGUUCGGCGCCGUCGUCAACGUGAAGGUGAUCCGAGACUUCAACACCAACAAGUGCAAAGGCUUCGGUUUCGUCACCAUGACGAACUACGAGGAGGCUGCCAUGGCGAUCCACAGCCUGAAUGGGUACCGACUGGGCGACAAGGUGCUCCAGGUUUCCUUCAAGACCAGCAAGGGACACAAGUAGAGGGCGCAGUGGGCGGAGUCAGCGGGGCGGGGGGGUGGGGCACUGAAAUAUCGUAGUUUAUGUUUUCGUCAGUUUUCAGUUGAAGUUGAUUUUCUUUUGAGCAUGCUCAGUUCCUUUAUGACGUCGGCUCGUGGUUCUGAAUGUUCGGACAUUGGUCCACGAUGGCGGGCUGACGGAUGAUUGACAGCUGCUGAAACAGGUUUUGCUGCAUCAAACAGAACCCGCUCCGAGGUUCUGAUGUUGGGUUUGUGUUUUGUGGAAUGUUAAAGUGAAGAGUUUGGUUCUGCAGAUGUUCACAGCUGCAGUCUGUUAGAUGAUUUAACGGUUUAUUAAUGAAAAUGUGAAAAGCAGACGUGUCAGCUGUCUGGGCCAAUAAGCAGUCAGGAGGCGGGGCUCCUGCUCUCCUGUAAACAGCAGCAGGUGAACAGGUAACUGUGACCUUUUUCAUUUGGAUUUUAUUUUUGUAUUGCAGCUUCAUUGUGGUGUUGGAUUGUUUAUUCAGUAAUAAAUCUGUUCACGGAAAAUUG